UUGGUCUUAUCCACUUACAUAUAUAUUUGUAUUGAGACUUAGGACUUUCCUAAUUAUUUACGAACUCAGAUGCUCCUUUGAGACUGUCACUUCAAACUUUUAGUCAGCAUACUUUUGUUUAUUUGCUACCAGCCACUAGGAAAAAAAAAAAACACUUAAAACCAGCGAUACUCAAUGGGAGCAGAGUCUUGUAUUGACCUGUUGUUGAGAUGCAGAAACGUUUUCCAUAUCAGACAGGUUCAUGCCAAUGUAUUAGUCAACGGAACAAUCCAAGACCUGGUUGUUGCAAACAAGCUCCUUUACACCUAUGCACAACACAGGGCCAUUAGUGAUGCAUACUCUCUGUUUGAUGGAUUGACAAUGAGAGACCCCAAAACUUGGAGUGUCAUGGUUGGUGGAUUUGCCAAGGUUGGAGACCAUGCAAGUUGCUAUGCUACCUUCAGGGAGGUUCUGAGAUGUGGUGUUACACCUGACAACUACACUUUGCCUUUUGUGAUAAGAACUUCCAGAGACACAAAGGACCUUCAAAUGGGUCGUGUGAUCCAUGAUGUGGUCUUGAAACAUGGGUUGCAUUUGGAUCACUUUGUUUGUGCCUCCCUUGUAGACAUGUAUGCCAAGUGCAUGGUGGUUGAGGAUGCUCAGCGGUUGUUUGAGAGAAUGCUCAGUAAGGACCUCGUGACAUGGACGGUGAUGAUUGGUGCUUAUGCUGAUUGCAAUGCCUAUGAGUCAUUGGUCUUGUUUGAUCGGAUGAGGGAAGAAGGUGUUGUUCCUGAUAAGGUUGCUAUGGUGACUGUUGUCAACGCGUGUGCUAAACUGGGGGCUAUGCACAGGGCUAGGUUUGUUAAUGAAUACAUUGUGAGAAAUGGUUUCUCCUUGGAUGUGAUAUUGGGGACCGCACUGAUUGAUAUGUAUGCAAAGUGUGGGAGUGUUGAGUCUGCAAGAGAGGUUUUUGAUAGGAUGAAAGAAAAGAAUGUUGUUUCUUGGAGUGCCAUGAUUGCUGCAUACGGUUAUCAUGGGAUGGGGCAGGAAGCCAUUGGUUUGUUUCAUAUGAUGUUGAGCUGUGCAAUAUUGCCGAACAGGGUCACCUUUGUGUCCCUCUUAUAUGCUUGUAGUCAUGCAGGACUCAUUGAAGAGGGUCUUCGGUUCUUCGAUUCUAUGUGGGAAGAACAUGCUGUUACCCCUGAUGUCAAACAUUAUACCUGUAUGGUUGAUCUUCUAGGCCGUGCUGGGAGGCUAGAUGAGGCUUUACGGUUAAUUGAGGCUAUGAAUGUUGAAAAAGAUGAGAGGCUGUGGAGUGCUUUGCUUGGGGCAUGUAGAAUUCAUGGGAACAUGGAGUUGGCAGAGAAGGCUGCCAAUUCUCUACUUGAACUACAGCCACAAAAUCCAGGGCACUAUGUGUUGCUAUCUAAUAUUUAUGCAAAAGCUGGUAAGUGGGAAAAGGUGGCAAAAUUUAGGGAUAUGAUGUCCCAAAGGAAGCUGAAAAAAGUUCCUGGAUGGACAUGGAUUGAAGUGGAUGACAAAACCUAUCAGUUUAGUGUCGGAGAUAGAUCCCAUCCUCAAUCAAAGGAAAUCUAUGAAAUGUUGAUGAGUUUGAUUAAGAAGUUGGAGAUGGCUGGAUAUGUACCUGAUACAGAUUUUGUGUUGCAAGAUGUCGAGGAGGAAGUUAAGAAAGAAAUGUUGUAUACACAUAGUGAAAAGUUGGCUAUUGCAUUUGGUCUAAUUGGAAUCCCUGAGGGUGAACCCAUAAGGAUCUCUAAAAAUUUGAGGGUCUGUGGUGAUUGCCAUACAUUUAGUAAGAUGGUUUCAGCCAUUAUGAGAAGGUCCAUAAUUGUUAGGGAUGCAAAUCGUUUUCACCAUUUUAGUAAGGGGACUUGUUCAUGCGGGGACUACUGGUAGCAUGAUGACCGUAUACAGUUUAAUUUUGUGUUCAACUGUAUAUUACAUAUGCUUAGAAGGUGCCAAAGUUACAUGACAAUUUUGAAAUGUAUUUUUUUUUUACUAUAACAGAUGGGUACUUUAGUAAGUUGAGUCCAUAUUGGAAUUUUGCAGGUAUAACUAGAUUUUCUUCUGCAAUAUAGCCUCAUUUAUAAGCAACAAAAUAUAUCAUAGAUCGAUAAGAACUGACUCUUAGUUAAAACUAUGGAUGGGAAUCUGGAUUAUUUUUAUUCUGAACUUGCUACGGUAAUGUUAGUUACUUUUGCCAGUUUCUGCUUGUUGAUU